AUUGUUGCUAGGCUGCUUAGCAAUUGUCGAAGGCGGAUAUGAUUAAUCCCCAAAGUAUUUUCUGUUUUGUGUAAUUUCUGAUGUUUUACGAUGCACUGGGCGGUAAUAUUUUUGUGUCUGUUUGCUGUUUGCGGACUGCGACUUCUGCCUUAUCUUUACAAAUACCAUACAUGCACGGAACCCGCACAAGGAUACGUACAACAAUUAUACAGCUACCUCUCCUCAUCGGAGGUUCCAAAAGUAUGUCCGUCGUCACAGGACAUCGUUCAUGUAAGCUCACCCAUUACCAGUUUAAAUUCAAUCAUACUCUGCACAUUCUGUUUAUUAUUCAUAAUUAAUUGGUAUCAGCUUGAAUCGGUUCACCCCUUUCUGAUAAGAGCAAGUCUCAUACGAUAUACUAUAUGUACAUAUAUGUCUGGUAGUAAUCAUAAUUGAGCUGGCAUGUAUAGCUCAUCCAGAAAUUUGUAAAUGUGUCCAAAUCUGUUCCCGCUGAUUUCAGGUAAUAUUUCAAUAUUUAAAAGAUUUAAAGCAUUACAAAGUUACGCAUUUUCCAGGAUAAAAAAAGUUACAAAGUUGCAAUUAAUACUGCCAACCAAAGAAACUUCUAAAUAUAAUGAAUAAAACAAAAGCAAAUAAACAAUAACAAAGCCGUCUUGGUCUUAGUUUGGACCAAUUAUAUGAAGUUGCAAAUUGUCGAUUACCUAGCAUUUUGACAUGGUUGUUGAUGUAUAAUGUGUAUAUAUAUGGUUCACGUCGAGGCAAUAUAAUGCCUUUCAACCCUCGGAUUUUCAAUGUAAAAUUGGAUGGCUUUCUGUUCCACUGCUGGUAUGCUAUACAUUCGCCUUCAAUACAUCAUGACAAUAAAUGAGUGUCAAUAAUGCCUCUAAAUAUCAGCGGAAUUAUACCUUUACUUAUGUCGGGAUGUUACUUGUUUUGUUUUUGUCUGUCGAUUUUAUUUAGUGGAUCUGUGUCGAAUAUACCACCACUGUUUUAUACAUCGUUGCUAUGUUGAUACUGCCAUCUGUCGACAAGAAACUGUGGAAGAGAUGGCCGAGGGCGAUGUCGAGGCUUCUAAAAUUGGCAGUUUUAAUAGAAAGAAUCAGCACUUUUUCAGCCCUCAUUCGCUGUCGUCACUGCGGGACCUACCCGUGUCAGGCUGAGAGGGAAUAUUCAUGGAAGCCACCCGGUUCUUGCCAAAGGACUGCCGACAACUAUAUCAGACGAGCAGUGGCCGUGAUUCGACUCCAAAAGGAACUCGUGGACAGUGGCACGCUGCCCGAAGAGUCCAUUCCACAAAAUGUGGUUUACUUGGAAAGUAUAUUCCCAUUGUGUAUUCAGCGCCAACUUGACAUCUGGUACCCCCUCCCCCGCUAGGAGUUUGGCGAUGUCAGGAGGGAACCAUAUACGGCACACUUCCAGUAGCUCAGGCUGCAAAAUGCGCAUUACGGUCGCCUUCGAGCAGGCAGGAUGGCAAAGACUUGACCGCGUCUGUUGAUGGGAGACGAAUGGAUCGUCAAUUCCUACAUAUCAUCAGGGAGACUUCCGGGACAUUGUUGAAACAUUCGAAGACCAAUGUAACCGGCCGAUUAAUAUUGUAUCGGCGGUAAACAUGGUAUUGGUGGUGCAUACUUCUGGAAAAUGAAAAGCAAAAUGAUGGUGCUGGAUAGACAAGCGGAAUGGUGGCCUAAUGUGCAGCCGUCGCGAGGGGCAUCAUACUUAAUCAAACUGCAACACAACAACAAGGAAAACACACACAAAGAAAUGACACGAACACGGACAUGUAUGAUACACACACAUCCAACUGGAGAAGUAUCAGAAGAAAAGUGCAAGCGAUGACCAUUGGUGAAGGAUAAAAUAGAAACGAACUGUUAACUAUUACUGCAUUGAGGAGAUACACCACAUUCACCAUCAAGUGUUCCGGAAACGUAAGCGGUUCCUCUACCCAAUGGUGCAUCCGUCAGGAUUUCUAUUGUCAAACCAAGGCAGCAUAGGCUCCGCCCCGUUAUAGCCGUGAGGGAGGUGCUGGCUGUCAGAGUCUACCGGGACACUUAUCUGGGAUGUAACAGAAAUACAGAAAUGGCCGAAGGAUCACCAACUGUCCACUCUAAUGCUUCCGGACGUCCAGUCAAUCUGACCAAUUACAAUGCAAAGUGUUUCAACGAUGGACACCUUUCACUGGAUACUGUCCCCACCUCGUGUGAAACUGGACAUUAUGCAUCCCAAACAGAACAUUCGACAUAUGAUAUGAUCAAGUUAAAUGGGAACGUCUCCCCUCAGACAAUGAAGAAGGAACCACGUUUCGACUGGAUAUUUCCCAGGUAUCAUCAAUGCAUGUACAACAGUGAACCGUCUUCAUGUGAAAUGAACGCUGCGGUGUAUGAUUCUACUGGCGACAUUCCAAAGCCAGAACAGAGAAUCCGAAGACCCAUGAAUGCCUUCAUGGUAUGGGCAAGGACAGAAAGGAAGCGACUGGCACACGAGAACCCGGAUGUCCACAAUGCAGAUCUGAGCAAGAUUCUAGGAAAAAAAUGGAAAAGCUUGCCGACAGAAGAAAAGAAAAUCUUUAUUGAUGAGGCUGAACGACUACGAGUCCGACACAUGCAGGAACACCCGGAUUACAAGUACAAACCAAGGCGUCGAAAACAUCCGAAAAAGGCUCUCCGCAAAGCUUUGGACAAAUCAUCAGAAGGAAACAGUUUAACCGAACACAAUAAGAAACACAUUUAUAAUAAAGGUGCACUUGGCAGCAUCAGUCACUCGCCAGUGACAAAUAUGUACGGGGGGUAUCUAAUGGAUUGUAAAGACCCUGAAAAUAUGCAGUGCAUUCUUCAAAAUCCAAAUACUCCCGAAUCGUCAUCAUCUUCUUCUCCACCGCGGUCAAUCUGUGCUUCCAACAAAUACAGCCGUGACCUUCAUUCCAAAACUUAUGAACAGCUUUCGUAUCCUACGCUGACCCCAGAACAUUCUCCUGUCGAGGUCAAGGAAAGUAAGUUUUCAUUUUCAAUAGCAGAUACUUCAGCUCAAAUUCAGUCAAACACAGAACAACAGUUUUACUCCGAAUGUCUUCGUAGUUUAAGUAAAGGGAAAUAUCCAGAAUCUUGUGGGAUAAAUAUACCAGCACCCAAUUCAGGGGCAAACAACUCUUGCUAUCACGACAGUCCCGGUCCUCUAAGACAGUUGGUACAGAGUCCUUAUAUCCCAAUGAACCCUUGGCAACCUUACAUGUCAACCAAUGCCCAAAUGAUGUCGUCGUAUGCAAAUACUGGUGUUCCAAUCUCGUCUCAGUUCCACGAAGGAAGCUAUGUGUCUUCUUAUCUGAAUACUAUCAACGAUCAACAGUUUAUUCUGCAAAACAUGUCUGAAGAUGAAUCGUUAGCCAAUGUGGACCCCGAAGAGUUUGAUCAAUACCUGGUUGGAAAUACGGGUACGCCUCCAUACAGGGGAGAUAGCAGUUCGCCAUUUGCGUCAACGUCAGAUGACAGCGAGGUGAUUCAAAAGACUGAUGCUCCGAUAGUUCAAAUAAAACAGGAAAACGAGUCUAGCGAAUCAGAGAUGGAUAACGUUUAGCACUUAGUAUAUCUUUUGAUAGACAUUUUGGUGUUGUAAUAGUAAUUACUGCAAAGUUUUAAAUUACAGUAAAUGCCAAAAUUUAUAUAUAUUCAAAUACAUUUGGAAUUUCAUUAUAUUCCUUAUUUAGUCAAUGUAACUUAUCCAAAGAAUAUCUUCCUCCCACCUUAGACAGGGAUAUCAGACGUGAUAUCCCGUGCUAGAUUGUUCUACCUGUUCGAUCUACAUCAUGUAUUUGGCCCCUUUCAGCGACAUUUUGCAGAAUUUUCACACUGUGAUUGAAAUUUUCUGUUUUCUGCUACAGUGUUGUUUUGUUUUCGUUAGAUUCCUGAUGUUAUAGAUAAAAUAUAAUUUACACUGUGAAAUACGUUUUUUCCUUGGUAAGUACGGACUGCAUUCUUCAAACGUAGAUUUAGCAGUGGAAAGGCCAUAUAUUUUGUGGUCCCAAAUUGGAUAUUUGUUCGAACUAAGAGGUGCGAGAAAAAUGAUCAACUACCUGUAACUGCGGGCUAAGAUUCUGUAACAUCUCAACCUCGGCUUACGCCUCUGUAGGGAUUAUGUUACAGACGUUUAGCCCACGACUGAGAUAGCCCGUUGUCGCUCUGUUACACGUAAGUUAAUCUAGAUAAAGUCAAAUAUACCUGAACCUUAUAAUGCAAUUGCAGAUAAGCAGCGUAACAACGUACAACAGAAAUGAAUUUUGCAGCUUUCAAUAUCCUUAAUCUUUGAACACUCAUAUUAAACUGUAGAUACUUUUCCUUGAUUAUUUUAAUUGUGAAUAUGCUAUUCUAUGUUCGUAAGCAAGGUUGGUAUACAUUUUCAAACCAAAUGCACAUGCCCAUGACAUAAGUACUUGCUCAUAUAUAUAUAUGCAAUAUAAUGUUUGUUUUAUUUUUGUUUCUUUGAGAAAUACAUGCACCCAUCUUUGACAGUCUUUGCGAUAUUCGAGCAGUUAACUAUGACCUUAUGAAUAGAUUUAAAACAACUACGUAUAAAUCAUUUCUGGCUUAAAUUGGAUAAAUUGCUUUUUAUUGCUAACUUGCAAAUCAUAAUAGCAUCUUUUUUCCUAUUAUCAUUUUGUUUUUUUCUUUUCUUGGAUAUAAUUUGUCGAGAUAAUUAAAACUGUAAGCUUAAACAUUGAGGUUUUCGAUUUUUUUCGUGCAUAACUUCUUUUCACCUAAUUUGCAUUAAUCGAAUUACUGCUGAUGAAUUGAGUUCGAAAAAAAGAACAAAAUAUAAUUUGUUUACAUUAUGUCUUCAGCAGGAACAUAAAUUGAAAAAAGUGUAAAUGAAAAAGCAAAAAGUAAAAAGGCAGCGAUUUCUUUGCUGAUCAACAUAAAAGGACGCAACUCUGACAAGUUAUUUUUUAUAUUUUCAUCCAAAUAUAAUUUUACAAGCUUCUUAUUAUUGAUUUCGUGUCUUUGCUGAAUUAUCAAUAUGUAUCCCCAUGACACAACAAAGGACCUUUUCUUUUUGGGGUUGUCCUAAAUUUAUGUAUAUAUUCUACUUAGAAUUUCUUUCUAGACAGAUUUUUUUAUCAUUUUCCUAACUGAUCUGAAAAGUCGAAAAUAACACCUGUCCUCUUUAUAAAGGUGUUUCAUAUGUGAUAGAUAUUAUUUCCAAUUAUUAUUCUCUUUGAAUUCAGCUCUUGUUGUUUUUAUCAAUGUAGAACAUUCCGAAUCUUAAUUUGACAUGACUACUUUAUUUAUUGAAUGAUAUUAUGAAUAGGGUUUCUUACCUAGGAACUGAUUCAAGAUGCUUAUAUUCUCCACUUAAUGAUUUUUUUAAAAAAUAAUGUAUUACGUUACAAAGAAGAUAUACACUUAUUGUUUUAUGUUUGGGUACCAUUUUUCGUUAAAACUUUUAAUACCUUUAUCAAUAUUCAAAGUCGCUAAUUACUGUGAAAAUCACUCUACUUAACAGUGAGAUUUUGAGGUCAUAUCUAUCAUUUUGAGAAAUAUUACACAAGAAGCAAUCAUUUAUCGAGGUGCAUUUUUCAUUUUCUUUCUCUGACGAUGGUCACCUAAUCAUCUUAUUGUGAAAAAAACUUCUUGAAAUCUUUCAGAAUAUUUCCUUCUUAGGUCACUUACACGAAGACAGCAAAAUAAUUUAUAAUAAAAUAGCCUGUUAUGUAAAUGCUUUCAAUGGUCAUAUUCAGUAAAAAGUGGGGUUUUUUCGCGGCUUUCAGUCUGAGAAUAUAAAAUGUCAUUUCGGUAGAUGAAACUGAUAUGGGUCUGUACAUAUAUUUUUAAAAACUAAAGAUUAUUAAUUAGUGAAAACUUGCAUUAUGUCUUGUUUUACAUUAUGUCGGAUCUGAGGCCAUCCUUUCAUUUCUAGUGUUGUUGUUUUUUGUAAUGAUGAUCAAACCUGAGAUCUGAUGAUUGCCAUGACAAUGUUAUCAGAUAAAAAGGUAAGGUUAUCUUUCUUAAACGAGACAUCGUGCAUAAAUAUUACAGUGUGAUAUUGUUUUCCUGCCUGAAUUCCAUUUCACAUGAAGGGCGCUAUAUAUUAUUGUAACAUUUUACAUGUAUAUGUGUUUCAAGACUGUCAACAAAGAAAAGCCAAAAUGAAAUAAAAUAACUUGAA